AGGGGCCUAGGAGAGCCGCGCGCCUGGCGUGAGUGUGCGCGCACGCGGGUUUGCUGGGGAGUGGAAGCUGCAGAGUGCCGCUGAGUAUUCUAGAGCAAAAGCCUCCAAAGCGCUUGAGCUUCCCGAAAGAAAAAAAAUAGAGAUAAAUAAAUAAACAAAUAAAUAAAUAAAUAAAUGCAAAGCAGGGAAGCCCGUUUCCCUAAAGCCCAGGUUUGCUACAGGCUUGAAUCCUCCCAGUGCUGGGCAGAGGCGCGGUUGGCAGCGUCCACAGCUCCCACCUGGACUUGGAAGGACGGUUUUCCUCUCCUCUGGGAGGGGAGGGAGGCAAGGGACUCUCAGGCAAGAGUUGCGCUAGGAACGUGCAAAGAGGAGAGCUCAGAGGAGAAGAAGGGCCCCCGAAGUGGAGCUGCCACCUUCUGACCAUGCCCCGGUGAGGGGGGCGGACUUCGAGGACAACUUGUGCUGGACCACCCGGGCUUAGCCAGCGAGCUUCGAGCUGCCGGGCCCCGGAACUGCGCGGCGCGGCCCGGUGGGGGUUCUCGUCUAUGUCUUCUUGGGGCGCCUGGCGGUUCGGGGUCUCGAUUCUGCAGAAAGAGCCCAGCGCUGGUGGCUUCAGGUGGCUGCCGCCGCCGCCGUUGCUAGUGCCCGACACAGAGACCCGCGAGCGGGGAGACCUCCGGGGCAGCGAGGCAUCGGACAUGUGUCAGCACAUCUGGGGAGCUCAUCCGUCGAGCCCAAGGGAAGCUUUGCUGGAACAAUUCGAACUGCGAUAUUGAUCUGGGGGGUGACCGUCCCCGGCAGACUGUCGAGUGGGAGUGCGAGUGUGCGCUCGCUUGCUCGCAGGAGUGUGGGGUGUGUAUGUGUGUGUGCCGUGUCGGGCUUCCCCCCCCACUCCCCCGUUUUCCCGUCGAGUGAUGUUCUUGGAAUGAGAAUCAGAGGAUGGAAAUAGUCUGGGAGGUGCUUUUUCUUCUUCAAGCAAAUUUCAUCGUCUGCAUAUCAGCUCAACAAAAUUCACCAAAAAUCCAUGAAGGCUGGUGGGCGUACAAGGAAGUGGUCCAGGGAAGCUUUGUUCCAGUUCCUUCUUUCUGGGGAUUGGUGAACUCUGCUUGGAAUCUUUGCUCUGUGGGGAAACGGCAGUCACCAGUCAACAUAGAAACCAGUCACAUGAUCUUUGACCCCUUUCUGACACCCCUUCGUAUCAACACUGGAGGCAGAAAGGUGAGUGGGACUAUGUAUAACACUGGAAGACACGUGUCCCUGCGUUUGGACAAAGAGCACUUGGUCAACAUUUCAGGAGGGCCUAUGACAUACAGCCACCGACUGGAGGAGAUCCGGCUACACUUUGGGAGUGAGGAUAGCCAAGGGUCUGAGCACCUCCUCAAUGGACAAGCCUUCUCUGGGGAGGUGCAGCUCAUCCACUAUAACCAUGAGUUAUAUACAAAUGUCACAGAAGCUGCAAAGAGCCCAAAUGGAUUGGUGGUAGUUUCUAUAUUUAUAAAAGUUUCUGAUUCAUCAAACCCAUUUCUUAAUCGAAUGCUCAACAGAGAUACUAUCACAAGAAUAACAUAUAAAAAUGAUGCAUAUUUACUACAGGGACUAAAUAUAGAGGAACUAUACCCAGAGACCUCUAGUUUCAUUACUUAUGAUGGGUCGAUGACUAUCCCACCCUGCUAUGAGACGGCCAGUUGGAUAAUAAUGAACAAGCCUGUCUAUAUCACCAGGAUGCAGAUGCAUUCCUUGCGCCUGCUCAGCCAGAAUCAGCCAUCUCAGAUCUUUCUGAGUAUGAGUGACAACUUCAGGCCUGUCCAGCCACUCAACAACCGCUGCAUCCGCACCAACAUCAACUUCAGUUUACAGGGGAAGGACUGUCCAAACAACCGAGCCCAGAAGCUUCAGUAUAGAGUAAAUGAAUGGCUUCUCAAGUAAGGAACUAAGCCAAGAAGAAUUCAACCUCAGUGAAAUGCUACAACUGUGAAUUGACAUAACUUAGAAUGUUCCCCUUCUCCCCUCUCCUUCCCUCCCUCAAGCCCUGUUCAUUCUUUGGAUUGGCCCCUUCUUCAUGAAAAUGUCUACAAAACCAUGGCAGAGGACAGAACACACACACACACACACACACACACACACACACAUGCGCGCACAUGCGCGUGCACUCACAUAUACAUACAUACAAGCAGACAUGCCUACCCACACACAUACUUAUACAACUUCCAAAUGGAAAGUCAAGUUUCUGAAACAAAAGGCUCAUUCAUAAAAGGUCUUAGAAGAAGCUAAUAAGUUAACCUGAUAACAAUUUUGAUACUGUUUUUUCUGAACUAGUAAGUCAACAAGACUUUUCAGCCUUUGUACAUACAAAAUCCUUCCAAAAGCGAGAAAGGAGAAAAACACAGCUUCAGUAGCAUCAAGCGGACUUUAUUCUUUGCAGCAAGUCAUCUUCGAUAGUGUCCUAGAAUCCAUUGAGGGGGCUAAUGGCAGGUGAACCAGGACAAAGUUGGCCAAGGACACAUUUCUAGAUUAUGAUUCUUCUGUUUACUCAACAAUUUAAAGAGAAAAUAAGAAGGACAGACAUUGAAGAGAUACAUAUUGUAUAUAUAUAUAUCACUGCAAACUAUAAGGAAAUGGAAUUAUUCCCCCCCCCCUUUGUCACAUAUGUGUAGUAGGAUUUGCCAAGAUCAGAACUGAUCCAUUUGCUUUUUCUUGUUUUCCAGAGGUCACACGUUGUGUUUGGUUAUUGUUAACAGCUCAAUAAAUGUGUUUAAGGAGUUAAUUUCAUUUUUCUGCCUUUGGUCCGUUCUCCUUCCUUACAGGCUAAUCCCUAACUCCAUGCAUCUGCAUUCUUUGAUUUCACUUCCCUUCAUCCUCAUGGUUUGUUCAUUUGCAGCCAGUUUUUUUGUUUUGUUUUGUUUCGUUUGCUGAGUUUGUGGCAAUCAGGAAUGCAUUUGCUAAGCAAGUUUAACUUUAAUUCCACUCCAUGGCUCAAUUAUUCAUACAAGGUGAGCUUCAGCCUGACAUAGCAGGCAACAGAUUUCUUGCGUUUCAAAAUUCCCAUCCCCCAAACCCCCCUGUGAUGCUCCCUUGAAGGAAUGCACUUUGCCUUGUAAAUUCCUGGGAAAGGGGUGUCUUUUCUCUCCAGGUGCAGCUGGAUCCCACAGAGUACAAACGAAUGCCUUUCUUUUCUUGUUUAUAAUGGUCACUCACUGUGUUUGGUUACUGUCAAGAAAUCAAUAAAUGUGUUUAACAAGUUA